UCGCUGCGAGGUGGUCAGGAUGAGAGGGUUGCCCUGCAUCAAGUUAGUGGCAGCCUUGCUACUGGGCGCCGAAUUAGCGUUUCAGACUCAGGCCAAGGAUACUUUAUCGGAAAAAGUGAGUCUACACGGAGUCGAGAAAAGACACCUACAAGACGAGGUACACCAUGCUGCCAAGUCCUACGAUGCACCUGCUGCUGCUGCUGCUGCCCUCUAUCGGAGAGUGAGAGACGCGCAAGAGGACGCUGGCAAUGGAGGACAGGUCACCGACGUGACGAAGCCCAAGAGACGGAAGAAGAAGAAGGAUGGACCUGACGCCGAGGGGCGAAAUGGUUCAGAUAGUCCCAAGGACAAGAAGGGGCCGCAGAGGGCCGGAAAUGGAGGGAAGAAGGAAAGGCCAGGAGACAAGGACAAACCAGGCAGGCAGGAUAAGGACGUCAACUCAGUGAAGAGUGAGAACAAGAGCCCCUCGAAGGAGAACGGCCAAGGACGUCAAGGACCAAAUAAGGAGGGCCAAGGAUCUAAGGGACCAAAAAAGAAUGGCCAAAAACGCCAAGGUCCUAAGAAAAAUGACCAAGGACCUCAGGGACCAAAGAAGAACGGCCAAAAACGUCAAGGACCAAAGAAGAACGACCAAGGACCUCAGGGACCAAAAAAGAAUGGCGAAGGACGUCAAGGACCAAAGAAGAACGGCCAAGGAGCUCAGGGACCAAAGAAGAAUGGCCAAGGACCCCGAGGACCAAAGAAGAACGGCGAAGGACGUCAAGGACCAAAGAAGAACGACCAAGGACCUAAAGGACCUAAGAAGAAGAACGGCCAAGGACCUAAAGGACCAAAGAAGAAGAAUGGCCAAGGACCUAAAGGAUCAAAGAAGAAGAAUGGCCAAGGACCUAAAGGUCCAAAGAAGAAGAACGGCCAAGGACCUAAAGGACCUAAGAAGAAGAACGGCCAAGGACCUAAAGGACCAAAGAAGGACGGCAAAGGACUUAAAGGACCCAAAUCGAAGAAGCCCUCUGGUGACAAGGACUCCAAAGGGGGAGUAAGAGAAGGAAAGGAAGGUGGCAAAAAGGGAGCCACCUCGAAUAAGUCGUCUAAGGGCAAAGAGGAACCUGGAAAGAAGAAAAAUCAGAAGGACAAAAACAACAAAGGAAUGACGAAAGGGAAAGACGGCAAACCACAAGGAAAGGGACCGAAAGGAAAGGACCAGAAGGGGAAGAAGUCGAAGGAUAAUAAGAAGAGAAAGGACAAUAAAAAUGCUCCAGUCAGAAAGAAGCCGUUGGCGAAGAAUGGGGAAAAAGCACCAGGCCUCAAAAGUACCGACAAGAGAAAACCCAAGAAGAAAUGCAAAGCGAAUAAGAAGUGCAAGAAGUACAAGGGAAAAUGCCGUAAGGACAAGUGGAUCGCCAAGAAGAACAACAAGAAGAAGUGCCAGAACAUCCUUCUGAAAGGUUGCAACACGAAAGGGAAGAAUCCAGCCUGCACCUGCUGCUUGAAAAACAAAUGCCAGAAAAAUUUCAGAAACAAGAAGUGUAGACAAUACGGAGGGAAAUCAACCAAAAUGAAGGACUGCAAAGGGAUCAAAAAGAAGUCGUGGUCCGCGGGAUCGGAGUGUAUCUGCUGUCUCUCUUGCCUGAACAAGCCUUCGUGUUCAGCUCUCGGUGGUACCUGCAAGAAGAAGUGUAAGAACGGAGUGUUUACCGACGGCGAAUGCAAAGGAAAGAAGUGCCAGUGCUGUAAACCUGGCAAAGUUCCGACUACCACUGUUCCUCGUAAGUAUAUUUCUCCAAAUUAAAAUGGUGCAAAAAAUGAAAACAAAAAUAU